AGCUCCAGGGAGAGGAAGGAAAGGCAAAAGAUUUGGGAGCAAGCAGGCAGCUGUGGCGCUCUGGCCUUCUGAAGUGCAGGUGCUCCUGGAUUUAUCUCUAACAAGAACCAUGAAAAGAUUUCGGAACCGGAACAUCUUUUAUACGGGAUUUCUCCUAUCAGUUUUUCUCCUGUGCUUCCCUCUGCCUCCCACCCAAGCCACUGAGAGCCUCCCCAUCGUGACUAUCCCUGAGAACCCAGCCCAAGGUCAAGAUGUCACCCUGUCCGUGGAAAACGUGACUGGCAGCAUCCGGCAGUUCGAUUGGUACCGAGGGCUGGUGACGGAUGGGGGAAGUAGAAUCUUCACCUACUUUACCGGAGAAAACAAGCGCCCGCAACGGAAUGGGGUCCGAUCCACCAACCGAGAAUUCGGCUAUCCCAACGGAUCGCUUCUCAUCAAAGGGGUCCAACAGAACGACUCCGGACCCUACAGUGUGAUCGUCUUGAUCCGCCCAAAGGGAACCUACAAGGGCACCACUGUACUUCAGCUGGCUGCCUCAGCAACUGAUGCACCCCCAACAACUCCACCCGUGACAACGCUCCCAGCAAAGGUCCCGUCAACGCUGGGGUGGAUAGUAGCUGGAGUCCUGGUCGGAAUCCUGCUGGCUGGGGCACUGGGUGCCAUCUUAGUUUACCGAUUUGUCUUACAGAAGGCAGAGCCGGGCACAGGGGUGGCAAUGAAACUGGAUCCAAGGGGGAAAAAAAACCCAGCCUCCAGACGUGAUGACAAGGAGCCCAUAUACGAAGUGAUGGAUUUGCCGAUGGAAUCGCCCCAGAUGGCAGGAAAGCCUCCGCCACCCAUCCCAAGUCCUCUCCCUCCUCUUGCUGGAACCUGCCCCGUACUAGACUCAAAUUAUAUGUGCGACGCAGCAUACGAAAUCCCAAGGAAUUAUAUGAACCUAUCAUACCAUUCAUCUGCAUGAAAUAAUAAAAGUAUCAAACUUUUUAAUGGGAAAAAAUGAUAACCAGAA